CUUGAGCCAAAACUUGAUUACAAAUAUUGGUUUGCAGCAAAAUCUGGAUUAAGUGAUAACGACAAGAUAGAGUUCACAAAAAAGGACCUGAGUGUUUACACGUACUUUAAUAAUCGUUACACAAAUUGACCUAGGUAGAAAUAUAAAUGAAGUCUAUGUCUCAUUGUCUGCCAUUUUAAAUAACCUGCGACCAUGUCGUCUGCAACAGUCAAUCCUGAUCUGACUAAAGAGCGAAAGGGGGCGACAUUUGAUGUGGAAAAAUUAACAAAUACCAUAUAUGGAGGGGCUGAAAAUGUCAGAAAACGUCGAUAUUUACAUAAUCUGGCCAUUCAAGAUCCAGUGCUCUCUCGUGCAAAACCAUGGGCAUUUCGAUCGCGGGAGGAAGAGUAUGAAACAUCGCUUUGGCAAAACAUUUACCUUCUGAAGAAAAUGGAGGAAAUGGGACUUAAAAAUGAAUUGGAGAGAAUGUACUACUUAGAAGCUGCUACUCCGUCACAGGCAAAUGCUAUUGGUGUACACUAUGGUAUGUUUAUCCCUGCUAUUGAAAAGCAGGGCACGGAGGAACAAAAAGCAAAAUGGCUUCCGCUGGCAAAAAGUUUGAAGAUUAUUGGAACAUACGCUCAGACGGAACUUGGUCACGGGACAUUUAUACGGGGACUAGAGACCACUGCUACAUACGAUCCUAAAACAAAAGAGUUCAUAUUGAAUUCUCCAACAGUGACGUCAACAAAGUACUGGCCCGGAAAUUUGGGAAAAACUUCAAACGUCUGUUUGGUAAUGGCUCAGUUGGAGACUCAAGGGAGACGACGCGGGAUUCAUUUGUUUAUGGUGCAGCUCCGGGAUCUGAACACCCACAAGUUACUGCCAGGCGUGGAGGCAGGUGAUAUUGGUCCCAAGUUUGGUUUUAAUGGUAAUGACAAUGGCUUCUUAAGAUUAGAUAAUGUCCGAAUACCACGAGAAAACAUGCUGAUGAGGUAUUCAAAGGUACUAGAGGAUGGUACUUAUGUAACACCCCCGGACCAGAGAAUUGCAUAUGGCACCAUGGUCUUAAUUCGCGCCAAAAUUGUUGGAAUGAUUUCAAGUUCUUUGGCAACGGCGUGCGUUAUCGCAGUGCGAUACAGCGCAGUUCGACGUCAAACCGAAGUCUCCCCAGGUGGGAUAGAGGCACAGGUAAUAGACUACCAGACUCAGCAGUACAAGUUGUUUCCAUUGGUGGCUACAGCGUACGCCAUGCAGAUCACUGGGAGAUUUAUCAUAGGUUACCAUGCAAAAGUAUCCUCUGAAAUCGACGCUGGUAAUCUGGAGUCAAUGAAUGUACUUCAUGCAGUGCUGUGUGGUCUAAAAGCAUUCAGCACGUGGGUAUGUACAUCAGGGAUAGAAACGUGCCGCUUGUGCUGUGGGGGACACGGGUACUCCCACGCCAGCGGUCUGCCCAAACUUUACACGAUGGCCACCCCAGGGUGUACAUACGAGGGUGAAAAUAACGUCAUGAUGCUACAAUUAGCCAGGUUUCUGAUAAAAGUGUAUCCCGAUGUAAAGAGAGGGGCUCCAGUCAGCCAGUUUCUACGUUGUUAUACCGUGGAUGUUUCUACAAAAUCCUGCAUGACAGAAGAAGUGGCGUUAGGUUGUCUUGUUAAAGCUUAUGAACACAGAGCAGCUAGAUUGCUUGAAAAUGCUGCCAGAAAUAUCGAGAGACUUGUUCGUUCCGGAAAGUCUAGACAGGAAGCUUGGAAUGCGUCCACUGUUCUACUCACGUGGGCGGCAACGGCAUUCUCUCAUCUGUUUGUCGUCAAUGCAUUUGUUGAGAAUGUAAACAAGAAUAAGACAAAGGAGAUAGAGGGCAUAUUGACCACUCUCUGUAAACUUUAUGCAGUCCAUGGAAUCAUAGAAAGACUAGGGGAAUUCAUUCAGGAUGGAUUCUUUAGCCCUGUACAAGUCACUUACCUUCAAAAUAAGCUGACUGAGCUGUUAGCGGAGAUGAGACCGGAUGCAGUGGCCUUAGUGGACGCGUUCGAUUACCCGGACCAGGUACUUGACAGUUGUCUCGGGCGGUAUGAUGGACAAGUCUACAAGGCCCUGUACGAAUACGCCAAAAACUCGCCUCUCAACGAGAAAGAGGUUUUGGAUUCCUAUUUCAAAUACAUCAAACCUGCUCAAGGGGGAGGAAGUCUAAUGUCUAGACUGUGAUGGCUGUCAAACUCUUUUUGUUUAUAUGGACUGUAUUAUAUUUUGUUUGGGAAUAAAAUACAAUUAUUUUUUUUAAAAAGACACCAUAUUUUUUCAAAAUAAUUCUUGUAUGUUCACAGUGCCGUGAACCAAGACAAACUACUCUCAGAUAAAUUAAUGUUACAGUGAUUUCAGUGUCCUGUUUGAAGUCAGUAUUUCGAUCAAUAUAAUAUGACACUUGACAUUUGAUUUUCGGUGAAAGCUGAUUUAACCAUAAAAGUAAUGGUGUUAUUUUGUAAAAAUUGUGACUUAAAUUUGUUCCAUUUCAAGUGUACAUGUUUUCUUUUUUACAUACCAAUACUUCCAAACAAUCACAUACAAAUAUCUUUGUCUGCUGAAAGACAGAUUUUUUAAUAUAGAGUGUUUGUUUAACAUACU